AUGGUGGCCGCCUCCAAGGCGCUUGCGACUGGGCGCAGAGCGGCCAAGGUCAAAAAGGUCCGGAUCGCCCCAGAGGCGCUCCAGAAGAAGCAGAUCGUGCUCCAGGAGCACGACCACGUCCAUGCAGACGCAUCACCCAAGGCCGACGGGCAGAAGUAUGCGACUCUGCUGAGCGACACGGCUGAUCAAGGACAGCUGCAAAAGGCACUGGCGAGGGAGGGCCACCGCGUCGAGGACAUUGCGGGUGCCGUGGCGAUCCUGUCGACGUCCCGAGGUGGCCGAGCGCAAAUCCUUCGCCUCGACUGCUACCACCGAAUGGUGGUCGGUCGCUUCGAGCAGUGGUAG